AUGCGAUUCUAUGGGAUCUCCGCCAUUGUGCUGGCCUUGACCAGCGUAGUUUCGUCUGCUGCACUGGUACCUCGCGACGAUCUGCUUACAGAUCUGCAAAACCAAGCCAUGGAGGCAUUGAAGCAGGCCGAGGCGAACGGUACGCUUGAGAAGAGGAGCUGCUCCCUUUCCAAUGCGUACGCUCGCCGGGACUGGGAAUUCAUGAGCAAGAAAGAGCGAAAGUCGUAUAUCAAAGCAGUAAAAUGUUUGAUCUCGUCGCCAUCGAAAACACCUGCAGGGCUUGUACCUGGUGCGAAGACACGAUAUGACGACUUCGUUGCUCAACACAUUAACCAGACAUCGUUCAUUCACGGUACCGGCAACUUCUUGAGCUGGCACAGAUACUUUGUGUAUGGUUACGAGAAGGCGCUACGUGAAGAGUGUGGCUACACUGGUUACCAACCGUACUGGAACUGGUUCAGACACCAGGACGACUUGAGCAAGUCUCCUGUUUUCGAUGGCUCCGACACAAGCAUGGGUGGUGACGGCGCUUACUUCAAGCACAACGGCAGUGUUAGUGGUGGAGGUCUCAUCCCCUUGCCGUCAGGAAAUGGAGGCGGAUGCAUCAAGAGUGGCCCUUUCAAGAAUCUGCAACUCAAUCUCGGUCCAGUCCUCCCAGCUAUGAAUGGAUACCCUGCUGUGAGCACGCCAUUCGAGCACAACCCAAGAUGCGCUCGACGCGAUUUCAUCCCCGCUACCGAAGACUUUACCCUGACCAACCUCUACAACCUGACACUUGGCCAAGCUUCCAAGAGCGUAUACACAUUCCAGAACGAGCUUCAGGGACGUUUCGGCGACGGAUUCCUGGGAUUGCAUACCACUGGCCACGUGAAAGUUGGUGGCGACGCCUCCGAUUUCUUCAGCAGCACGAACGACCCUACGUUCUUCAUGCACCACGCCAUGUUGGACCGUGUGUGGUGGAUCUGGCAGGCGUUGCAUCUCAACCAGGCAAAGACAAUCGCUGGCACGAUCACCAUCCUCAACAACCCACCCAGCCGUAACACCACACUGCAGGAUAUCAUCAGCACCAACUUCCUGAACAUGGAAGCCAGGCCGAUUGAAGAUUUGCUAGCCAUUCUGCUACAUCUACUUAAUAAUAUAACAAAUCCUCGACAGAUAACCCCAAAAACAAUGCCCAAGCAGCCCAUCCCCAUAAUCGGCGCGGGCAUAGCCGGCCUAACUCUAAGCCGCAGCCUGCUCCACCGUGGCAUCCCCAGCAUAAUCUACGACAAAGCGCCCCCAAAUCGCCGGGGCUUCAACUACGCCAUCACCCUCCACUCCACCGCCUACAAACCCCUAUUAGAAAUCCUAAAUCUCAGCGACACAGCCUUCAAAGCCCACGUCGCCAUCGACGCCGAAGACGGCGGCGAAGGCAAACAUGGCGAAAACAUAGACAUACCCAGCCACGGCGGCUUAUACGAUACCUCAACCUCUUUCCGCGCCAACCGCGCGAAGUUCGAAACAUUGCUAAGCCAAGACCUGGAUAUCCGGUUGGGCCAUUCCCUUCAAGAAUUCAAAACCACGCCCAAGGGACCGAAGUUGCGCUUUGCCAACGGCGAGACAUGGGAGGGCGGGGAACUCGUUGUAGGCGCUGAUGGUGUGCAUUCCAGUUUACGCAAACUGCUGCUUCCAGAAGAUUCAAGAGUAGAUGUUCUGCCUUAUGCUGUGUACUAUGGGAAGAGGCAUAUGAAACGGAAGGAUUUUAACAGUAUCUUUGGGGGCAGGGCGGGUGGAAACGACGGGAGGAAUGUUUGGCAGACGACCAAGGGGGAUGCGGUGCUUACAGUCAACGUGGAUAAAAAGGAGGAUGAUAAGGUGUGGGUUAGUUGGAUUUACUCGCGCAAGGCGCGGGGGGAGGCGGAUCCGCUGUUUAAUCCUGCCAGGUCGACGGAGGCGGCGAAGACGAUACCGUUGGAGUUUUUCCAGGAGAUCGGCGAGAAGAAUAUCUUUGGCUAUCCUUUCUCGGCUAUGUUGGACGUGCAGAAUAUGCGCGCGGAUAGGAUAUUGCAUUGGCUGAUGCGAAUAACGUCUACGCCGUUGCCUGAGUUGCAUGACUUGCUCGCUAAGAGCGGCGUGUGUCUGUUGGGGGAUGCAGUACAUGCAGAGCCUAUUUUGGGAGGUAAUGGAGCAAAUGCUUCAAUCAUGGACGGCCUGAGUCUUGCGGAUGCCAUUGCGAGCGGUAGAGAGGAUGGUAUAUCGAAUUGGUACGACGAUCGCUAUCCAAAGUGGGUGCAAGGGGCUGAAGAAAGUCAAGCAAACCUCGCGAAAAUGCAUGGGUCACUGCGGGCAGGUGUAAAUCUUUAA